AUGGACCCCGUGUGCAACGAACUCGCAGAACACCUCGUCCGCCAAGUACAGACCAUCCCGACUGACCGGCGAUGGCUCGUCGGCGUCGCCGGCGUCCCCGCCUCGGGCAAGUCCACGAUCGCGCGGCGGAUAGUAGAUCGUGCAAACGCGCUGCUCGCCGCGAGUGCGUCCGGAGUGCAGACCGAAGCCGUCAUGGUCGGAUUGGACGGAUGGCAUCUGACGCGGGCGCAGCUCGACGCGUUCCCCGACCCGAAGCUGGCACACGAUAGGCGCGGUGCUCACUGGACGUUCGACGGCACGGGCUACCUCGCCUUCGUGCGCUCGCUCCGCGCACCCAUCGCCCCCGCCGCGGCCCCGAUCCUCGCGCCUUCCUUCGACCACGCGCUGAAGGACCCCUCGCCCGACUCGGUCGUGAUCCUGCCGAGGCACCGGAUCGUGGUUAUCGAAGGCCUGUACACGUUCAUGGACGUGGAGCCGUGGGCGGAGGCGGGCAGGCUGCUGGACGAGCGAUGGUGGGUCGCGGUCGGCGCAGAGGCCGCUAGGGAGCGCCUUGUGAAGCGACACGUCGUGAGCGGCGUCGCCAAGGACCUCGAGGAGGCGCAUUGGCGGGCGCGCGAGAACGACGAGCCGAACGGCCGAUUCGUCUUUGACCACCUUUUGCCACCCACACGGACGAUUACGAGCGUGGACGAUCCGGAGCUUGUGCAUGUUUAGGCCUCCACGAAGAUCGCGCUCACAAUUGGCGCUAUAGUGUACGCUCAGACUUUGGCGGGAGCGGUUUAUUGUGUCAGUUCGGACCCGUGAACGACGUCGCGUCGGGUCUGAAACCCUGUUUAUCAUCUCACCCUGUAUAUAUAAAGUCCCUUUACGAGUACGAGUACGGAUUGUCCAGUGCGAAUGUGCGAUGACUUGC